AUGUCAUUGAAGGUCGAAAAUAUCGGUGACGAUCCAGCUUCAAAUGCUCUCCUAGCCUUCCCACCUUCACUGUUUGACCAUCUUUCGUUGGUCAAAGCAGCUACAAAUGUCGGGAAGAAGCGGAAGAAAUCCUUUGUUCCUCUCGAAGGUGAAACCACCACUUUAGAAAUUCUUUACGUCCUGACUCACUCUGUUGAUCCCCUCCCGGUCGAAAUAAGCCAAUCAGAGUCCCAGUUGGUUUAUUACCGUGAUAGUGCCGUUAUACUAUCACCUUAUAAUGUAAAAAAGCAGGCAACUGUGGUUAAAACCCCCAGUAGUAAAGUUGAGUCCUUCACUCAAGUGGGGCUCGCUCACCAGAGUGGUAGUGAGCUUAGAUACGGGCCAUAUGAGAAUCGCGAGCCUUAUUCGUACUCACCCAUUAUUGUUCGCUUUGAGAAUAAUCAUCUGUUUGCUGUUGUUGAGGAGCUAGAGCGCGAGAUUGAAAUCUCUCACUGGGGAAGUGUCCAGGUGACAGAGCACUACAAGUUGGCUAACCACCUUUUUGCGGAUCUACCCGCACGAGUUCAUUCUGUAUACUACAAGGAUAAUAUUGGGAAUAUUUCAUCACCGAGACUACGAGUAAAUUCCAAGAAGUCGGAGCUGUUAAUAGAACCUCGUUAUCCUUUAUUUGGAGACUGGAAAUCGACUUUUGUGAUUGGAUAUGGAGUGCCUCUGCAAGACUUCCAUUUCGAGUCGGAUGAUGGUGCUCGUUACCUGAAUUACACUUUUGGCUGCCCUCUUGCUGACACUGUAGUCGACAAAUUGGCAAUCAAAGUAGUCCUUCCAGAGGGAUCAAAGGAUCCUUCCAUCAAAGUUCCUUUCCAGGUUGAGCAGAGUUUGGAGACAAAGUACUCGUACCUCGAUGUGAUUGGACAGCCUGUUGUGGUUCUGGAAAAGAACAAUAUGGUUCCUGAGCACAAUGUUCCAUUCCAGGUUCAUUACAAGUUCAACCCAAUAUUUAUGCUGGCAGAACCCUUGAUGUUGACUUCUGCAUUUUUUCUUUCCUUCAUCACCUGUGUUGCAUACCUUCACACAGAUCUCUCAUAUCGGAAACAAAACGUUCUAACAAUUUAA